AUGUAUUUCUAUGAAUUAUUUUCACAUGCAGAUAGAUUUACACAUCGUACACAGAUAUUAUCAAAUGCAACAUUUGUUUUAAUUCUAUGUACAACAUUAACUUUCUUACCACCAUUUCUAUUAACUUAUUAUACAGGUGAUUUUUGGUUACAAGAAUUAAUUUAUAGUGAACAACCCGUUGUUGAUCAAACAAAUUAUAUUCUUCAAACAUUAAAUAAUGCAAAUAAUCAAUUUUUUGCAUCAUCAUAUUCAACAUUAAAUGAAAAUUUUCAAAACAGCCUUGUUUCUACUGCUGAAAAUAAAAUGCCAUUUGAUACAGAUGGUGAUGGUUUAAUUGAUCAAUUUCAAACUACAUUUGAUUUAACAUUCGCUGAUAGUACUACGCAAAUUUCUAGUUUGAAUAUUUGGUUAUUAUUUCAAUUUCAAUUAAGUCGAAAACAAUAUAUUAAUAUGGAAACAAUGGCACUUAUUAGUUUUGUUUCACCUGCAACACUUACACCAGGUAGUAAUCAAAAUAUAACUAUAUAUGGUGACUUAACAUUCGAACAAAGAAAACCAAUACAAAAUUCAGGUAGUGAUGCAACAUAUAAUACACCAAUAAUUGAUACAACAAGUUCAUCAUUAUCACCUGAUCUUAAUUUGAUUCUUGAUAAUUAUUUUGUACGAAAUUAUUAUACAUCAUAUCAAACACAAUAUAUAUCGAUGGCACCUCGAACAACAACAGUCGAUACAACUAAAUUAACAGUUAAUAUUAUUGUUAAUGUCGGAAGACAAGCAAUUCGAUAUAGACCUGGAUUUUGGCAAGCAUUUAAAUGGGGUUGGAUACAAUACAUUUGUGUACUUAUACCAUUUAUGAUGAUAUUUAAUCGAUUAAAAGUAUUUGUUUUCUCAAAUCAAAUUGUACGAACAUCUGUUCCAUUACCAAAACAUCGACAUCAAGCUUAA